AUGGAGCAAGGAUCCACAGCCAAUUCCUAUGUAACCAAUCGAGAGAGGGAAUACCUGGCUAAACUCUGUUGGUUACUUCACGAUGCAGGAACAUACACACUACGGACCAUUUUUAACAGUAUCCACCCCGGAAUAACCCUCAAGGAACACUUGGCACAACAUCAUAUUAGAUCUGUAUUGGUCAAGCUACAUGAACAGAAGGCACUGUCAGAGAGUCAAUGGAGGGUCCUUUAUCCAGUAGAGAAAGGUGGUGCGAGUUCUCAACGUUUUGACUCCAGAAUAUUAGUAAUACUUCUUCAGACCAUAUGCCACUUGAGUCCACCCUAUCCAAACGGCUGGUCUGCCGAACCGCUACCUAAUGACACCAGUCUUAGCGCUGAUGUUGUUCGACUGCAGAUACUUUUACAACAGAUUGGGUCGUUGGUUGGAGUCAGACAUGAAGAAUAUCCAGUUUUAUGGAGGAAAAUUGUUGAAGUUCUUCUCCGGCAAGGUGGUCCAGCAGUACGAGGAAAAAUCGAAAGAACUGACACAGGGAAUUUGAAUCCAGAACAGCAAAACUUUUAUAUUCAACAUGUGAAAGAUAUUUGGGGAACCACCGAGUCGGGAGUAGGAGCCCUUAGACAUCUUAAUGGACCCAGGGCUCUGAAUAAACCAAGUAAGGGUGGUAGGAAGAAAACAGAAGAUCAGGAAGGGCUAUCAUUGGAGGAUAAAGUAGUAUUAUCUAAGAUGUUUAAGGUAUUAAUGGAUACUGCAGUCGCUGAAGAUAUAAUAGACCGUCUUCAACAAGGGCAGAUAAUCAAAAUUACAGAUCGACAAGAAAUAACGGCUUUAUCCAAAAAUUCUGAACGCAUGCAGUUUAUUCUGUUAAAAAUUCAAAAUUCGAAGUCACCUUAUGCCUUCAAGAUAUUCCUGGAUGCUUUGAAGUUUAAAUAUAAUAAACUUUAUGAAGAGGUGUCUGAAUUCAGAAGGAUAACCUAUAAACACGGAGUCAAGGAAACGAGAGUCUUUAUGAAAUGGUUUUCAGAUUUGGUUGGCAUUUGUAACAAGGCAUUAAAGGCGCACUAUGGAGCCGUAUUUUCUAAAAUGAGUCCUUUGCCAUGGAAUGAAAACCUACAAAUGCCCAUUAAAGACUACUUUACAGCAACAGAGAUAGUCCACAGUGAUGGGCACAAGGUGCAGCUACAUGAUAUUCUUCCACCAAGAGUUACAACUGGUAGAGGAUCGAAAGUCAUUCUGGAAGGAGAAUCUGGUAGUGGUAAAUCAACUUUAGCUGCAAUGAUGACUUACCAGUGGGCCACCAAACCAGAUUUUUUCAGCGAAUAUUACCGAUUUAUGAUCCUAGUGGAUGCCGAACUACUAGAGGGAAACGUUCGAAAGUCUAUUUACCAACAAACUAUUUUAGAAAGCAGCAAAAUCACUUUUGAUGAGUUUUGGGAAACUUUAGAAUCUUAUGAUGAAGAUGUUGUAUUGGUAAUUGAUGGAUUUACUGGUGGAAGAUCAGAAUUGUGCAAGUUAAUUGACGGGACACAUCUUUUGAAAAGCGCUGUUCUGGUAAUGGUCAGUCCGAAUAUCUCAAUGAGUAAGGUUGUUAAACCCGAUUAUAAACUCUUCAAUGUUGGUCUUAGUGUCAGUCAUAUUCCAAGAUGUUUGAGAAUCUAUGCUGGAAUGAUGCGUAUCGGAUCGGAUGAUUUUGAUAUUCUGCUUGAAGAACUCGAAUCCUGGCCACAUGUACACAAUCUUCGACAUCCUUUUAUCUGCUACGUCACCAUCACCACUUAUAAGUAUACUAAGCUAGAUUUGAGCAAAUUCGUCAACAUCUCGUCACUCUUUGAAUCGUAUGUCAAAUCUUUAGCUACACAGUUCAGCAAGAAACAUCGUUUUCAUUUACAAGAAGAUGACGAAGAUGCCUUUCAAAGCGAGGUUGGCGAUCUUGUACAUCACAUUGAAAAACUUUGUUUCUCCAUCGAGACAACGAAAAAGACAUUCUUUACCGAUGGAGAAAUCAUGGGUACUUCCAUUAACACCAAUGUCAUGAAAUUUGGCGUCUUGCAACGAUCUCCUACUACUGGUUUGAUAAAAGGACACUGCUCUGUGUUAAACAAUCAUAUGUCAGCCCGUCAUUUAGCGGACUUACCACCAGAAGAACUACAAGAAACACUAGACCAACGACACAUUUUAAAAUAUACUAAAUACAGCGACAUUGUAUCUUUCCUGUGUGGCUUGUACUAUUUAGGCGAAAGGCUUUCGGAUGUCGAAAAGAUUUUCACAGGGCUGACUGAGAUAAAGACGACUCGACGUCUGAAUGGUGGAUCGGUUCAUCUAGUUCACCUGAACCAGAGCUUACAAAGCAUUGUGGAAUGCCAAGGCAAUGCGAAGAAUGUUCAAACAGUAGCUACAUCAUUUCCAAAGGCUUUAUCAUUACACAAACGCGGCAUUUAUCCAGUCAAUGCUAUAUUAGGACUUGCAAGUGUGCUUAAAAAUGGUAUUGUGCAUUUAGUCCAAUUUGAUAUGUAUAUGCAUCAUUAUUAUUUAUACCAGGAGAACAUUUACAUGGAACUUGCAACAGCCCUAUCGAAAUGUUCCACUUUAAAAAUAAUCAAAGCCACAUGGGCUCGACCAGAAAUGAUGGCAAAAUUUUUAGCAAAAAUGACCCAAAAUAAGCCAUCACUGGACUUCGUUCAAGUUGACGCCUUAAAGAGAUCGACGUGUGAGGAACUAUCAGCUGUUACUUGGGAUGACUUACAAUCCUUCUGUGAAAAUCUUCAAAACUGCCAAAGCUUUUCCUUUAUUGGAUGCCAAUUUCCUCAAAUUGUGGGACAUGUUAUCAAGUGUCUUCCUUAUACCAUAAGUGCUAUCGACUUUUCAAAAUCUGAACUGAAUUUGAUCUGUGCUUCCCAACUUGCGUCCCAUUUAGAACACUCGCGUUGUCUUAAGAAUCUGAACUUGAGCAAUACUGAACUUAUGGGCUCUUCAAUAGUUGCUUUAGCUCACGGACUGAAGCUGAGUGGUUCCAUCGAAGAGCUUAGAUUGUGUGGUAUAGAAUUCGAUAGGUCAGGUAUAGCAGCUUUGGGAGAAGCUCUGAGAUUAGUGACCACUUUGAAGGCUUUGGACCUAAAUGACUGUACACUGACAUCAGAAAUGUGUAGUCUUUUAGCACCCGCAUUUGCAGAUAAUCAAAGCCUCAAUGUUCUGAGGGUAUCCAGUGCCAGAAUUGCCUCCCCGGACUUGUCUUUAAUAAAAAGUCAACAAAAUGAUAAUUUUUCUGUCGUUUUUACAGAUGAUCAAAUCAUGGUUUAG